UUUGUGAUUCCUCUUAAUCCAUGACUCACUCAAACAGAAAGUAACGUCAGAUCAAAUUGUGCCAUCGGAACAAGACCAUUUUUGGCCUCAAUUUACCCUCGAAUCCUCGAAAGAAAGUGAGUGAACAGUGUAGAGAUUCCUUCGAAGAACCUGUUGACCUCUUUGAAGACUUGAUCCCUUAAGGAAACCCAAGUGGUGAUUGACUGGACAUGAAUCCAGGAUACCAACAACAGCCUCCCCCUUACCCAACGAAUGAUGGGGGUGGAUACAUGCCACAGCCGGGAUAUCCUCCUCCAGGAGGAUAUCCACCUCAAGGGGGCUUCCCUCCACAAGCAUCAGGAUAUCAACAGCCCCAAUCCCAGGGAAAUUAUUGGGAUGCAGGCCAAAAUCCAGGAUAUUACGGAGCCACUCCUCCAGCCCAACCUCAACAGGGUCCCUCUGGAUUUGGUGGUAUGAUGGGAGCACACGCAGGAAUGUCUAAUAUGAUGCGAAAUGUGACUGGAGGUUAUGACUCAGAUGCAGAAGGUGGUAAUGCCGGAAACAUGGCUAGCUUUGCCGACAAAGCCGUUCGGCGGGGCUUUAUCCGAAAGGUGUAUGGCAUCUUGUCUAUUCAACUUAUGAUCACUUGUGCGAUAAUCGCCAUUUUUGUAUUUGUGGACUCGUUGCGAAUUUUUGCAAUCCAAAACAGAAGUUUAUAUUGGGUAGCCUUUGGACUCACAAUGGUGUGUAUGAUUGCCAUGGCUUGUUGCGAAAGUGUCAGACGAAAGGCCCCAACCAACUUUAUAUUUCUUGGGAUUUUCACUAUUUGUGAGGGGUUCAUGAUGGGGACCUUGGCGGCCCAUUUCCAAGCGGAUGCCGUUCUCAUUGCGGCUGGAAUCUGCGCCGUGGUCACGUUAGCCUUGACCAUCUUCGCUUUCCAAACCAAAUACGAUUUCACCACUUGCGGGGGAAUGCUUUGCGGAUUGACCGUCAUCCUCAUGUUGGCCGGUAUUCUGAUGAUUUUCAUGCCACACAACAAAUGGGCUAUGAUUGGUUAUGGAUCGGCUGGAGCACUCAUCUUCUCUAUGUACAUCGUGUAUGAUACCCAACUGAUGAUGGGUGGGUCCCACAAGUAUUCGAUCGAUCCGGAAGAGUAUAUUUUCGCCGCUCUCAACCUCUACUUGGACAUCAUCAACUUGUUCAUGUACAUUCUCAUGAUCAUUGGAGGAUCUAGAAGCGAUUGAAGUGGUAAACAAGGGCCUCCGGAUCAUCAAUGUGGUGGCUAAUGACCCCAAAUCUCAAGUGUUUCUGCAAGAUUACCGUGUUUUCUACACCCUCCAAAACCAGUCCAAUUUCAAACCUCUUUUUUGUCCUAUUGGCUUUGCUUCCCUUUGAAGACGUGUAGACGUGUUAAAUCUUUCGAGAGUUCUUUGUCAAACAACCAAAUAAGUUUAAGUAAGGAUAUUUUGAAAAUAAAAUCCAAAAAGAGUUCGGAA